AUGUCGCGCUUCCCUGCGGCCGCCCAAGCGCCCGACGACCAGAUGAAGCUCAAGAAGCAGCUGAACGAGCUCAUGAAGCGCGAGGAGAACAAGUUCUGCGCCGACUGCGGCUCCCGCGGCCCGCGCUGGGCGUCCAUCAACCUCGGCGUCUUCAUCUGCAUCGCGUGCUCGGGCAUCCACCGGAGCUUGGGCGUCCACGUGACGUUCGUCCGCAGCGUCAACUUGGACGCGUGGACAGCGGAGCAGGUGCAGCAGAUGCAGCGCUGGGGCAACGCGCGGGCGAAAGCGCAUUUUGAAGCGGCGCUGCCGAGUGGCUAUUUCGUGCCGUCGGAACACUCGGGCGUACGGGACAAGGAGCUGUGGAUACGGGAUAAGUACGAGCGGAAACGCUUUGUGGCGGGGCCACGGAGGAGCGAAGGUCGGAGAAGCCGUCGAUCAAUGAAAGAAGAAGAAGAGGAGGAGGAAGAAGAGGAGGAGGAGGAAGAGGAAGAGGAGGAAGAGGAGGAACGACGUCCAGUGAGACGUAGGGACUCUAGGACGGGGUCCCGGUGUAAGGAUGCAGAGAGGAGACCAUUGCAGGUGUCGAGUACGGUUGACAUGCUGUCUUUUGAGGAGAUGGUUCCUGAGGCUGCAGUUGCCGUGGCACCUGCAGUGAGUUUUGUGGACGAGACGGCUGGAGAUAGUGCAGGAGGUAUGACACAGAAGAAUGGGGACGAAUGGACGUCGAUGGGUGCAUCAGGUUCCGUGCAGUCGGACGUGAAGGAUGCGUUUGCGUCGCCGACGCCAGCAGCUGUGGCACCCGUUGAUCAGCAUGUGAACAAGAUGGCCAAUAUCAUGGCGAGUUUUGGUACUGGUACGCAGCAGCAGACGCAAGCGCAGUAUGGAGGGAAUACGUUUCAGCAGGGAAUGGGGACACCGUCGGCUUCGAUGAUGGGGACGCCGAUGAAUGGAAUGGGGAUGAUGCAGCUUCGGCCGGUGGGAAUGAGUUUGCCUAUGAAUAACAUGGCGAUUAAUGGACAGGGAUUCAUGCCGUCCAACAUGAUGGGAUACUCGAUGCAGAAUCGGAUGCUUGGGUUCCCGCAACAGGCUGGAAUGAUGAUGGGUGGUGCAGCGUCGAUGGGAUAUCAGGGUCAGCAGAUGGGAAUGAACCCGAUGGGCAUGCAUAUGAACCAGGGAGGGUUUCAUUACCUGCAGCAGCAACAACAACAGCAGCAGCAGAUGCAACAACAAUUCCAGCACCAGCAGCAACAGUACUUACAGCAACAACGUCAGCAACAACAACAGCAGCAACCGCAUUUACAGCAACAUCAGCAGCAGCAGCCCCAGCACCAAACGCGACAGCAGCCACAAGUUGGAGGACUCAGUCAGCCGUUUGUUAAUUUCGGCUAG